AUGUCGCACCCUAUACCUCAGAGGGUGGACAUCUCGCAUGCGCUGCAAUCGAGUGCAAUAGAGAAGAUCCGAAGUGAUAUCAAGGAGUUUCAGCAAGUACAGCAGUUAUCAAAGAGCCAAGUUGCUUUGGUGGACAAGUAUAUUGAGUCUUUGAAAGCUGCAUCGCUGCAGUUUUGUAAGGAUAACGAACAUGUGGAAAAGGCGAGUGAUGAGUCUAUUACUGCUGCUGAUACGCAGUUGUACAAUGGUUUGAAAGCGAUGUAUACAGACUAUUUGUCUCAGCUGACUACCAUACGGACCGAGAAGGGUGGUAGUAAAGGGUCAGAAACUCUGGAUUAUAUCGUGGAAGAACUACCGUACCUGCAACCGACGGACCGUAAAAGUUAUAUUGAUAAUCUGAUACUAGGUAAUAAAUACGAAGAACAGUUGAGCAGAUCCCAGGUGUUACUGGAAGCGGUGGUGAAUUUAUGUGUGCUAGAUUCGACUGUUACGGCUAAUUUAAGGUCGUAUAUGACACUUUUGAAGAAGAUGGGUUUUGAUGAUGAAUCGUUGAGGAGAGCUCUGCCAGAAGGACUAAUGAAUUCGCAAUCACUUACUGAAACUGCAACAGUAACGAGUAAAACUAUUUCGAGGAAGAUACCGACUGACAGAGUUGGGACUCCACCGCUGAAAGAGUCUGAGGAGAAGAGCACAGCUGAUGACGAACCAAAAAAGAAGAUCUCUUUUUCUAAAUACUUAAAAAAGGGUGAUGUGGUAAUAAAUGAAAAUGGUAAGAGGAGAUUGUCCACUCCUACAGAGUUAGAAGAGACUAAGAAAUUGAAGAAUAAUGAUAACAUUAAUUUGAGUUCCAUUUUGAAGACCAACGGUAGCACGAAGAAAAAUUCAAACAGCAUAAAAUUUGUAGAUGAUUCACUGCUAGUGAAAGUCUAUGGUGAUGGUCUUCCCGAUGAGGGACUCUCUGUCUCACCUGAAAAGUUGAAAAAGAUUUUAAAACCUUUCAAGGAGGGAGAACCACGAGAAACCGUGCUUGUUGAAGGCUACCAGGGCAAAGCCUGCGAGCUCGAUACGGAGUUCGAUCUCUCGCCAGAGGAGACCGAUAUCACUGAAAUCAAGGGUGGUGCAAUCCCAUGUGAGACUCUGGUACCUCUAAAAUACAGGCUCAAUUUCAUAAAUUUUAGCUCCGAACUCAGCAAGAAACCACCAAGAGAACCGGUCGUCAUUGAAGAACCAAUAGAUAGUUCUAAGAAGAACAAAGGACCCCUCAUUGUACGAGCUUUUGGUAAGAACAGCUUGUUAUUGAGAAAGGAUAGAGGUGGCCUGCCCUACAGACCAAUUCCUGAAGUUGUGCCGAUAGACUAUCCAUCAAGAGCACCUUAG